AUGGGCAAUUACGAUCAGGUUGUUAUCGUUGUGGAUGCUCUUGAUGAGGUUGAAGGGAUGCAGCAACAAGAGAAAGAAGCCUUUGUUGCAGUUUUACGUCAAUUCAUGGGAAUGCAAGGUGGAUCAACUAUCACUGACCAUCGGGAACCAACACUGGGCCGACAGAAAGGUAUCGGUAGGAAGAUUAUGAUCACGAGUCGAGAGGAUGCCUAUAUUCGGACGAGUCUUGCACAUGAGUGCAAAUUUAUAUCAUGGAACCUGGACUCGCAGCACCUCCUACGUGCGGACCUCGAGCAGUUCGUGUCGGCUGAGCUGCAAGAGAGGAUGAAGUCAAACAGGAUUUGUCUCAGAGACCCGAAGCUCGUGCCAAUUAUCAAAGAUCAAGUCCUUCAAACGACUGGAACUUUCCUCCAAGCCAACCUUCAGCUGGACUACAUCACGGCAACGAGAACUGAUCGAGAGUCCGAGCUGAAGGAUAUUUUGCAAUGGCUCGCCAUCAGUUUGAUACCACUUUCAGUGGAGAACGUGGCUGAAAUAACGUCCAUUGACCCAGACGACACUGCCCUGGACUUCGAAGCAAUCGUUACUGACUCUUAUGACGUUGUUGCGCCACUCGUGCAAUUGGUAUCGUAUUACCAGACCUCGCGACAUCGUUCGCACGCCGCGACGAUCGUACAGAUGCAUCACGCAACGGUCAGAGAAUUCCUCACUGGAUCUGACAUCUUGACCACCUCGGCAUCCAUCUUUCAUUUCAGCGAAGUUGAGGCGCAUGCGCUCGCAGCGGAAAGAUGUCUUCAAUACCUCGCAUUCUCUGAUUUUGAUCGCGAGAUACCCGAGAAUUACACAGAAUUUGAGGCUUUCCUCAAGCAGUACUCCUUCCUGUACUACGCCGCUACGAACUGGGCAACGCAUUUGCGGCUGUGUAGCUCGUCCUCUGGCAAGACGGAUAUGGAGAGGUUCUAUCGGCACAUGCAAUGGUUUUUGGACCCCGCCCAAAGCCCGCGCAAGUACAAAAUAUGGCAAUAUGUUCUGGAAGAAAGUCCAAGCAUGGAUGCCACCCGUUACAGCGGCAACCCCAUCACUUAUGCAAUCGCGAACGAUCUCCACGUCGUGGUAGAUGCAUUGCUCCCCACCGUGGAGGAUAUAAACGGAUACCUUUCCGACGGGAGUACCUGCCUCAUUUUUGCGGCAAUGGUGGGCGAUGUCGAACUCGCGCGCCGUCUCCUGAACAUGGGGGCCAAAGUCGACGUUCCUGAUAGGGUGAGGCUUCUGACGCCUCUGCACGUUGCUGCAGAGGAGGGAAACGAAGAAAUGGUUGAGUUCCUGCUGGAGCAUGGAGCAUCACCGUUCGCUCGCAGUGACACCGGCACAACACCAUUUUACAGAGCUGCAGGGAGCGGAUGCACGAAGACACUCAGGUUGCUAUACAACGCAGGCAGUGAAGUUGAUGCAGAGACAUGGGACACAUGGACGCCUUUGAUGGAAGCGGUUGAGAGUGACCACUAUGAGGCGGCUCAAUUACUCUUCUCUUGGGGUGCUGACGCUGGGAACUUAUCGAAGUUUGGUUUUACGCCCCUGGAUUUUGCAUCAAAUAAUCUGGCACCUCUUAUUGUCGACGCCGGGGGUGGCCCAGGGGUGGAUAGAAGUGACGAGCAUUCUUGA